CCUCCCUUCUAAAGCUGCCUUUUUAUGGUUGUGCUUGUGUAUUUUGUCUCUCUCUCCCUCACUGGAGAUUCCACUUGUGCUUGAGGAUGACUCCUCUUGGGCAGGGAGGUUGGAGCAGAUGACCCACUGUGGUCCCUUCAAACCUUACCCAUUCUGUGGUUCUGUGAUCUCCUGAGUGGCAGGUGGGCUGCUGGUAAGCUCUGUUGAAGCCUUGUAUCUCUGUUAAUCAGCUGACUUGUGUUAGUUAAGGUCUCUCUAAAGCAUAUGCCUUUCUGGCUCCCACACUGAACAGUGCUGGACUCAAGUCUGUUCAGGUCUGUGAGUUUGGAUCCUGUGGGGACAGCAAAUCCUGAGUGUUCCUCACAAAUGGCUGAAAUGGGGCAGAAUUUAUUCAGUGAAUCUCACUGGUCACCUCUCUGCCCUAAAGUCUUUUCAGGUGAGCACAUGCACAACAGACCAAGGUAACCAGAAUGAAAAGGCCAGGGAAAUGGCAAAGCGUGUCACAUAUGUGUCAUCAGCUAGUAACAUACAGAUUGAUGGAUUGGAGGAGAAGCUGGCACGCUGCAGACAGAGCAUGGAAGAGGUGGAUCUUAAGCUGCGCAGGGAGAAGCUCAGCCCUGAAGGAAGAAAGUCACUGGAGAGAGAGAGAAACUUACUAAUGACCAAAGCUGACAACUAUGAGAAAGAACUGAGUGUGCUUCGUAAGGAAAAUCGCAAGAAUGCUGCCCUUGCUGUGGCCAUGGCAUUGCUGAUUGCUCUUAUUUACGCCUGCUGGACGAUGUGAUUGCACUCAAGAAUUCUUCCUGUUGAACAAAUGACUCCUGCAAGGAACUCUUCCUCCUCUCACCGUUGUGCCUCCCCCAAGGGUGAGGAUCAGCAUUUCAAAUUACUGUUCUUGUUUACUGUCUCCAAGCCCUGUUGUAGAGAAGGUUUUUCUCUGCAAAUUGAGGACAGGAGACAAACCAGAAAUCACAGCACACUUACGCUUUGAAAUCAGGUCAAGCAGAGCUCAAGGUGGUGCCAUCUUAGCCAAAACACAGUCGGGACCAUCCAGCCUGAUCCAGGAAUGCAAUACAUUAUUUUAAAGAGGACCUUUGUGGCUGCAGACAGUACAUUCUGCCCAACCCAGGUCGAAUACAGACCUUGGCUCCUGUGACACAGUCAUAAACUGAAGGGACCAAGCUCUUGAUUCAAAGGGUAAUCUGUAGGUAUUGCAAUUUUGUAUGUUCCCAGAGCUGAGCUAAAGAUGCUUCCUCCUCCACUGUGACUUCCAGGACCAAAGGAAUCCUACCUCCACAAAAGCAGAUGGGAUGUAGGUAUCUCUGCAAGCAAGUACAUCCACAUUAAGAUCUGGGUGCUUGGGCUGUGUGAUGAUCUGCCUAUCUCUCCAGUGCAUCAGAGCUUGGUAGCCAUUUCGUGCCUUUGAGAAUCAGCAUUUGCAGAAGACCAUUCACUAUCAACCUCCAGAGAUGGAAGUGCUUCUGUAGAGCUUUAAAUAAAAUAAUUUGACCUUUUAA